GCCAUCACACAGCGAGGACCGCCGUGCCUGCUGCUGCUGGAUCAGAAGUGAAGAUGCCUGCUAACGGGAGUCAUCCUCUAAAGUUGCAGUUUGGUCUAAUUAACCACGAGGGCCGCUACCUCACUGCUGAGGCCUUUGGUUUCAAGGUGAAUGCAUCAGCUCCCAGCUUAAAGAAGAAGCAGAUAUGGACUCUAGAGCAGGACUCCCAAGACACCCAGGUAAUCUACUUGCGCAGCCACCUAGGACGUUACUUGGCCUCUGACAAGGAUGGCAAGGUCACCUGUGAGGCUGAUGGGCACAACUCAGACUGCCGCUUCGUCAUUGUGGCUCAAUCAGAUGGCCGCUGGGCCCUACAGUCUGAGCAGCACCUCCGUUUCUUUGGCGGCUCUCGGGACUACCUGUCCUGCUUUGCCCAGGUAAUCACAGAUGCCGAGCUGUGGGCAUUGCACCUGGCUCUACAUCCACAGGCCAACAUGCUGUCUGUGGCCCGUAAGCGUUACGCCCGUCUCUCCAUCGAGGAUGGGGAGAUCACCAUGGAUCUGAACAUUCCUUGGGGCGUGGCAGCACUCCUGACUCUCACCUACCUGGAUGGGAAGUACUGCCUAAAGACCUGUGACAGCCGCUUCCUCAGCAAUGAUGGGAAGCUCUUAACUCAAAGUGGGAGGACCACAGCAUACACGCUGGAGCUGAAGUGUGGGAAGCUGGCCUUUAAAGACUGUGAGGGAAAGUACUUGUCACCCAUGGGACCUACAGGCACCCUGAGGUCUGGACGUUGCUCCAAGCCUGGCAAAGAUGAACUUUUUGACCUAGAGGAGAGUCACCCACAAGUGGUUCUGAUCGCAGCCAAUGGGCGAUAUGUCUCCAUAAGAACAGGAGUCAGCCUUGCAGCCAAUCAGGAAGAUGAGACAGACACGGAGACAUUUCAGAUGGAGAUUGACAAGGAAACCAGGAAAUGCACGUUCCGCACCAGCCAAGGGAACUACUGGGCCCUGGUGGCCCACGGAAGCAUUGACAGUACAGCCACUGAAGUGUCAGCAAAUACCAUGUUUGCAGUGGAAUGGCUUGGCCAGAAGGCGGCACUAAAAGCUAACAAUGGAAAAUACAUCUGCACCAAGAAGAAUGGUCAGAUACUAGCAGUCAGUGAUUCUGUAGGUAAGGACUCACUCAUCCAUCCAUUGAUGUUCAUCCUCCGUUUUGACACUGCUUCUAAAUUUCUUAUGAUCCUUGUGAUGUAUUUUCAUUAUUUUACUCACAUUUUCUCAGGUGAAGAUGAGCAGCUCACUCUGAAACUGAUCAACCGACCUAUGCUGAUUCUGAGGGGGUCGAACGGCUUUAUCUGCCACCACAGGAACUCCAACACAUUGGAUGCCAGCAGAUCCAUCUAUGACAUUUUCACCCUGGAAUUCGGUAAUGGGGCCUACCAUAUUAAAGGUGUGGAUGGCCGGUUUUGGUAUGUGAACAAUGCUGGGCUGGUGUGCUCAGAUGGUGACGUCCCUGAGGAUUUCUCUCUGGAGCUCCUGGAGCAUGGCCGGCUUGCCAUCCGUGCCAAGAAUGGCAAAUACCUGCGUGGAGACCAGGGAGGCACACUGAAGGGAGACGGACUCAGUCUGAGCAGCUCGGCCCUGUGGGAGUAUUAAUCCUGUCCAGCAUCGGUUUAAACCUGAGGCCUAACUAAUGCUCCUCACUGACAGGCAGUCCACCACUAGUCACAAUGUCAGCAUUAGUAUUUAGUCUAAAGUUCCUGGCACUUCAUUCCUCCUUGUUGUUGCAAAGAGGCCUCAACAGAGCACUCAGACUGAUAUAGGGAGGAGAAAAAAAGAAGAGGUGACUGAAUGAUCAGCCAAGAAAAGUCUUGGUGAAGUGAACAAAGGUUUGCUUCAUUAAUGUCUACAACUAAAAGAACAAAGACUCAGAUUCCCCGAUGUUUCACAGAUGUAUAACCAAGCAACUCUCUUUCCAGAACACCCUCUUUCACCUGGUUUUUAUCUUUCUGCCACUCCAUAGUUUUUACAUUAGUGACAGCAAGGCAACAAAGCAUCGACGCAGGUGUCACUUGUCCAGUCAGGGCAACAUUUCACAGUCAGGAGUGAAGAUGCCACUUAGGGACGUUCCUGCAUAUGGCACUGCUGGCUGAGACUGUUAACUGGCAGAUUAAAAUGACUGGGUUACUAGUUCUCACCUGGAGGACCAGUAACCAAGCCUGUAAGCAGCACUAAGAGUAUCACUUCAGCCUGCAAAAGGAGGCGUUAUCCUUUUCUAUAUUUGUGUUUUAUGAACAUAAAAAGAAAGACUAACUUGUAUAACUGGUUAUGUUUUUUUUUUAAUCAGAAUGAUUGUAAUUAAGGCUACACUUAUCUAAG